AUGGCGUCCGAAAGCAGCUCUGUCGAGACCCAAGAUGAGAAAGCAGCCCUCCUGGAGAAGAGCUCAGAACAAGAUGUGCAGCAGCAAUGCAGUACAGCUGCGAAACAAAGCGAGUCAAAGUUAACGCUUUACCACUGGACGCAGUCUUUUAAUUCUCAGAAGGUGCGUCUGGCCAUAGCAGAGAAAGGUUUGCAAUGUGAGGAAUAUGACGUGAGUCUACCCCUCAGUGAACACAACGAGCCCUGGUUUAUGCGUCUGAAUCCAACGGGCGAAGUGCCGGUCCUAGUCCACAAUGAUAAUGUCAUCUGUGACCCAACGCAGAUCAUGGACUACCUUGAGCAAAAUUUCAAUGAAGGCACUCCAAAGCUCAUUCCUGAAGAAGGCAGUACAUACUAUCACAGAGUCCAGCACUACAGAGAGCUGCUGGACUCUCUACAGAUGGAUGCCUACACCCAUGGCUGCAUCCUCCACCCUGAGAUCACAGUGGACUCGCACAUACCUGCGUAUGCAGCUACUUGUAUACGAACACAGAUUGGGAACACGCAAACUGAGCUGAAGAAACUGGCAGAGCAGAACCCAGAGCUCAAGGAUGCAUAUGUAGCAAAACAGAGGCGCUUGAAGUCCAAAUUAUUCGACCAUGACAACAUGAAGUACCUGAAGAAGCUUCUGGAUGAACUGGAGAGUGUGAUGGACCAAGUGGAGACUGAGCUGCAGAGAAGGGUGGAAGAAACUCCAGAAGAAGGCAGUCAGUCCUGGCUGUGCGGCGAGUUCUUCAGCAUGGCUGAUGUCUCUCUUGCUGUCACCUUACACCGCCUCAAGUUCCUCGGCCUCUCCCGCCGCUACUGGGGCAACGGUAACCGUGUGAACCUGGAGACAUACUACGAGCGUGUGGUGGAACGUCCGGCUUUUAGGAGAGUGCUUGGCCAUGUCAACAACAUCCUCAUCUCUGCUGUGCUUCCUGUAGCAUUUCGUGUGGCGAGGAAGAAUGCACCAGUGAUUGUAGGCACCACUCUGUUGAUAGGUAUUCUGGGAGGGGCGACAUACCUCGCCUUUCUGUACAUGAAGAAGAGGCUGACUGUCUCCUGCUGAGGGAGCUGGGAGGGGUUAGAGUGGGUUUGGGUCUGGAUUGGGGACCAGGAUGAAGAAAAAUACAGCAUUAUAUGAGACAUGUCUAAUAAAGUUUAAAAACAUAAAGUCUUUAAUCUUUCAGCAGGCGUCUGUAAUAAGUCACUAAAUUAAAAUCUUUAUUUCUGUUUUGCUGGCUGCACAAAAAGCACUUUUAGUACUCCUUAAUGUUACUGCUCCAUUAGAUGUUUAAGGAUUGACUUAGAUGAUCAUUUUAGCCAUCUAUUUAUUGUUUUUGUUGCUCUGAAGCUAAACUCUCUCCUCAAGGACUUUGUGAAGAAAUUUUUAUUUGUGAGA